AUGGCUCCUGUCAGAGAGUGGUCACAGACCCAGAUGCCGGGGUUCAAUGUGCCCUUGAAUGCACAUCCAGACCCAAACGUUACCGAGCUGCGCAGCAGUUGGUUCCCGGAAGAUGGCGAAGAAAGUCUUGAUGACAUGAUGAAGAAAUUGACCACCUCCACCGCCACUAUGAUGAGAGGUUUCGUCAACGCGCUGGAUCCAAAUGACCUGGGAAAUGGUAGUCUCGACAAUUUGCUCGUGAAGAGAGAAAUCACCAUGAUGCAGGUGAUGAAUGCCAUCACCGACAAACCCGAGUGGGAACGAAAGGUUUUUGAUGAGGCCAUAACCGGCAAAUGGCGCGAAGAAGUCGCCCAGAGUGGCCAGGAUGUCACCCCCAAGAUGAUGGACUGGAUCAUCGAAGAGUUGCAAUGGAAGACUUCAUUCCUAGAGAAAGAUGGAUAUGUCGAGGUCUUCGAUCACGGAGUGAUAAAGUCGGAUACCGCCAUUACCACAGAUCUCCAAGAUGCUUUGAAGGAGGCAGUGAAGCCGCUUGAAGAUGUUCCCGAGGAUCAGAAAGACUACCACCCUGGCUCUGAUGACAAGGUGCUCGAUCUAGUGCACCCAUCCCUCUUCUCCGUUCUCUACGGCAAAACUCGGGUCCUUCCUGAUAAGAUCCUCGGCCUUGAAGACUGCUUGGAUCAUAUCGGCGAAGGUGAAGUCCUUCCUACUCCACCGGACAGGGAGUCUAAGGUCAUAUCAGGGCCUUAUAAAAUGGACAUAUCCGUCCUGCCAGUGCUCAGCACGAAGUUCCAGUGGAUGCCGUGUGAUAUCGAACUCACUGAUGACGGAGAAUGCCGCAUUCUGUCCUACAUAAACAAUGCCCACCCAGUCAAGCACCGCACGCUCUACCAAGCUGUCGAACGCAUCAUAGCACGAACUGUGCCCCUAUGGGAGAAAUCUUUAACUGAAAAACCAUACCAUAGCGAGAGAAUCCCAUAUGAAGAAGUCGAGUGGGAAGAAGGCUAUGAAGAUGGACCGGAAUAUGAUGAGGACGGAGACGAAGAAGAAUAUGAAAAACUCCGGGAAGAAUUCGACGCUACUCGCAAGGUCAAACUGCCUGAGCCUGGGGAAUUCAAAAUUACCGAGACAGGGUCCCACGAACCCGCAGCCUACCCUAUCAACUUCCGGAAAGACUUUGCCCACCGCAAACUUCAGGUUAUUGUCAAGCUGGCAAAUAUCGAGUUGACUCCCGAAAAGCCGGAGUAUGAGGGUGGAAGCUGGCAUAUCGAGGGCCAACUUAACGAGCGAAUCGCUGCGUCGGCAAUUUACUACUACGACAGCGAGAACAUCACCACCAGCUCGCUCGCCUUCCGCCAUCGCGGGAUGGCCGACAUGAUCGAUCUCAGCUACGAGCAAGACCAACACCAAUUCAUGUACCAGGUGUAUGGAUAUCCCGACGACUGGUCCAACAUGGUGACCUGCUUGACGACGCAAGAUCUCGGCAGCGUGGUAUCUAAGGAAGGUCGAAUCAUCACCUUUCCCAAUACACUUCAACACUGCGUAUCUCCGUUUUCUCUAGAGGACCGGUCCAAGCCUGGCCAUCGCAAGAUCCUUGCGCUUUUCCUUGUCGAUCCUCAUCGGCGCGUUAUUUCCUCGGCUAAUGUCCCACCGCAGAGAGAUGACUGGAUAAGGACCAAGGAUGCUUCUGUCGGAAGUGAAACCUCCGAUCGGCCUGCGAAAAGGCAGAAAACCACGGAAGAGGCUGAUACACCGGGUCAUUCAGCCAUGUCUAUUGAAGAAGCCAAGGCGCACCGACUUGAGCUUAUGAAAGAGCGUGGACUUACGGCUGAGAAGCAAAAUAAGGAGUUUCAAGAGGGCAGCUUCAGUCUUUGCGAGCACUAG